AUGGGGGCAAUCAGUGGUGUGGCUGCUCUGGGGCUGGCCAUCGUUGGUACGAGGAAACCUUUCCAUGGGCCAUGGGCGAGGCGUGCUGCAUGAUCUGUUUGUCUGUCUGCCUCGUGUAGGUGCGUUUUCGUCUCCCGUGGUGCAGCUGAUCUAUUUGGCCAUCGUGGCGAUCAUCGUCAGCGUCAUCGCCUUCGCCCUACUCAGCUCGGCCCAGGCGGUGUCCAACCUUUACGUCUUCUUGUCUGGUCAGAGAGAAAGAGGAGACACAAGAUACGAGAAACGAGACACAAUACUGGCUGCGUCUGCUUUGUCUCGUUAGUGGCGCUGUAUCUCCAAAUUCCUGGAGCCGUAGGCCUCUGGUACACAGCGCGGCCCUCGUGCGUCCCGAACGGACCUACCUUCGACUUCACCUACUACCAGACAGUCUCGCAACUGGUGGGGGCGCUGGCGUCAGCAUUGGCGCUCAUCAUCUUCCAGACAAUCACCACAGAAUGGCGCCUCCGGUCGGCGUUUUGGAUUAGGAGAUCAGUGCGCAUCAUGGUGUCGUGUGUGGAUCUGAUCAUCAUUGAGCACGUCAACCUGAAGAUCGGCCUGCCCGGCAGGGCUGCAUUCAUCCUGUGAGCCAAACGAGGGAUAGAGACAUGUAUGUGCGGCCUCCAUAUGGACUGCCUCAUCUGGUUGGCAGACGUGAUGCGAUGGUGCUGAACUCGACCCAAAUGCUCAAAUGCUGGAUCUUGGUGCCGGCUAUCCAGCCCCUCUCCAGACUCACAUCGCCGCUCGCGUAAGCACACUGGCAGAAGGAAGAGCGCCACGCGCAGAUGAUGUCUCUCUUUCCUUUGUCGGCAGAGAGGAAGGAAAAUGCAUUCCUUCAUGAAUAGCUGUGGCAUGAAGGUCCCGGGACUUUGGUGUUUGGCUGAUCGAGGCCUCCAGCAUCCAGACGGGCAAUGAGGCCGACAGCACAUGCAACUUCCGCAAUCUCACCUAUCUAGUGCUGGUGGCCCACAUCAUUCUGCCUGAAAGCGCCAUCUCAGUGGUGUUCAUUCUGAUACCUGACAUGCCAUUUCAGCCCCGACUCAGCCACCGCACAGCCGGAGUCGGCCACUGCUGUCGACCCAAACUGGAUUGACUCCAUUGUCUGACCGGCCUUCUCGGAUGUCUCUCUAUACAAAUCAGGGAGGGCUGCCCUUCGCGGCUGGAUCGUCCUAAGUACGGCCUGUUUGAGAAUGUGUGUGUUCGCAUGACGGGCUGGCGGGAAGGCUCACAGUUGACACUCACGACAUACACGCAUGCCUGUCUACCUGCCUCCCCGGCCCGUGUGUGUCUCGUGUCUGCCACACCCUUUGUGUCGUAUCGCUGCAUGUCUGUUUCACUACCCUUCUUUGUCGUGUAUUCAUCGGCAGUGCGGUCAGAAAGCUUCAGUUCAGCUGGUGGCGUCCAUGUAUGCACAUGUAUCAUCUUCAGGGGUGGUCGUCGGUUCAUACUUGAUACACACCAGGGGAGCCGGUCUAAGAGCGGCUGCCUCUCUGAUGUAUGCCUCUGAGUUUGAUGGGGAUGUACAUGAGACUCAGAGGCAGACUAAUGCGCGAUAUACAGGGUUAUUUGUCCAUUGCUGCGGCAGCUAUAUCAAUCAUGUUUGCUUCUGUGCAGCUGGUGGCGUCAAUGCAAUGAGUGUUGUGUGCCGUGUCGUUCAUGCCGUGUAUGCACUUUCGAAGGUGAGAGCAGGCAUCCAUCCACCGAUAUGCAGACUAAGUG